UUUUUCUUGUUUUUCUUCAUUAUUGUCAUUUGUUUUUCCAGAUAUUUGAAGAUUUCUCUCAGCGCAUUCAAAUUUGAAUAGAAAAUUAAUUUCAAUAGCAUUCUCACUAUAACUUGAUAAAUUCCUUGUUAUUUAACAAAAAUCUUUAAGAUGGAUCCCAUCGCUGUGCUCCAGAACCGUAUCGAGCAGUUGGAAGCCAAGUUGGGCGUCGCGCCCGUGAACACGCCCGGGGAAGCUCCUCAGGGUGACACCGCGACGGCCAACUUACUCAGCACCGCCCAAGCAAUGACCAACGCCACCGCCGGCCACGAGAAACUCUCGGAGGCUAUGAACAUGGCCAGUGAACUCAACAACUACACUGACCCUAAUCUGAUGGAGAAUAUACAACAAAACAACAUGCAUAGACAAGAGGUAGAGGCUGCGGAGGCCAUGAUCAAAAACCACUGCCAGUGCUUGAACCACUGCAAACAGGCAGCCCCUGUGUUGGAGUCGGAAGCCAUUGCGGAGGUGCCCAAGAUGCAGGCCACAGUGGACCGGAUGCAUGCAGAAGCUGCUGCUGUGAAAACUGAAGCAGAUGCUGUAUCCCUCGGCGUGCAGCAGCUGGCGGAGACGUGCGGCGCGGCGGCGUCGGACGCGUCGGAGCGGCUCGCCGGCGUCGCGCACUCCGUGGACCAGGCGGAGGAGAAGCUGUUCCCCAAGCGGCGGAAUGGCCUGGACUAGCCUGCUACGGCUACAUGAAUCACCCAUUUGUAUUUUGUUUUGAUAUUGCGCUUUUUACACGAUUUAUUUUCUAUUAAAUUAUUUACUUAAUAUAUUA